AUGCGACAGCUCGUUUUCUUCUCGACCCCCUGCUGGGCCUGGCAGCUCAUCGUCCUAUCUUGGUCGCCCCCUAGCUGGGUCGCCAGCAGAUUUCCAAGAGCCACGAGCAUGGAGUUUGAGUCGGAGGCACUCGACAUGGACGACGCAAUUUGCGGCGGCGGCGGCGACGGCACGGUGGACGCUUUCCGGCCCGAGGACAUUGACGUUGACGAGCCUCCUUCACCUCCCGAGCCUCCGCCACCAGUGAUUGACGUGACGGCUCGCCGAGCGUACGUCGCCACCAGCGAGGAGGCUCCCGGCCCGUGGCCACUGCCUCCCUCGCAGACGCGCAAGCGGCCACGCGGAAAGGGCCGUCACGCAGUCGUGGCGGCGUCAGCUCUUGAGCAGCUCAAGCAGGACGAAGCGGGGAGGUGGGCGUGUGGCGCGUGCGGCUCCGUAUACCCCGACCCGACCGGCCUGUACGGCCACCUCCGGUUCUGCUCUUCUGCAGACGCGUGGUCCUGCGAGUGGUGCCACUGCAGCGCGCACGAGACGCACCACAAGGCCAAUGGCCCCGCCGGACCGAAGACGCUCUGCUCCGCCUGCGGCCAGCGCUACCGCUCGGGCCACAACAACGCGCCGCAGCUCAACGAGGCGGGCGAGUUCGUGUGCGGCGCGUGCUCGCGCGCCUUCUCGUCGAUGGCGGCGCUCGGCGGCCACCGCCGCUUCUGCGACGGAGGCGCCUGGCGCUGCCGCUGGUGCGAGUGCAAGGCGGAGGAGACGCAAGGCAAGGGCCCCGGCCCGGACGGGCCGAGCUCGCUGUGCGCGCCUUGCAACCGCCGGUGGGUCGCGGGGCACACCGGCCCGCCAGCGAGGGACGCGUCUGGCCAGUACUUGUGCGAGCUGUGCGGCCGCGGCUUCGAGACCAUCCCCGGGCUCGGCACGCACCGCAGCCGGUGCGACGGAGGAGUGUGGGCUUGCGCGUGGUGCCGCUGCUCCGCGGGCGAGACUUCUGGCAAGGGGCCGGGGCCAGACGGCAAGCAGACCCUGUGCUCUGUCUGCUCUGCGCGGUUCCGCGCGGGCCACUCCGGCCCCCCCGCCAAGACCGAGGCGGGUCUCUUCGUGUGCGAGCGGUGCGAGCGAACGUUCGAGACGUUUGCGGCUCGCGGCAUCCACAUGCGCCGCUGCGACGGCGGCGCGUGGCGAUGCGGCUGGUGCGAGUCAAAGUACGAGGCAAAGUCUGGGAAGGGACCCGGGCCGGAAGGGCCAGGCACGCGUCUGCUCGGCCUGCUCGGAGAUUGCGCGGUGGAGAGGCGCUGCGCGCUCGGCGUGCACAAGCGACACUGCGACGGCGGCAGGUGGCGGUGCGGCUGGUGCGAGUGCGACGCCGCGGCGGCGCAAGGCAAGGGGCCGGGGCCGGACGGGCCGCGCACGCUCUGCGCUGUCUGCGCAUCUCGCUUCCGCGCCGGCCACCGCGAGGCGCUGCGCCGAGACGCGGACGGCAAGUGGCUCUGCGGGUGCGGCCGCGCCUUUGACAGCACGGGCGGGCUCGGUUCGCACCGCCGGCACUGCGCGUGGGCGGCGCAGGCGCACGGAGCCGCGCGAGUGUCAAGCCCGCUCUCAGCCCCGCCGACACCGACACCGAGGCCAACGCCGCCCGCGGUCGCUGCCACCGUCGCCACCGUCACCGCCGCCGCCACCACCGCCGCCACCGCCACCGUCACCGCCACCGUCACCGCCUUCAUCGGCACCGGGACAGCUGCCGGCAAUGGCGUUGGGGCCGAGGGCGAGAUCGAGGGGAGGUGCGGGUUUGGCGCGGGGGGGCUGGCUGCGGCGGAGAGUGCGGAGGGCGGCUCGGGCCGUUCCUCGCCCGAGGUGCAGCUGGCCGAUGGCAUGAUUAACUAGACGGCAUCAGUCGAAUGGUGGAUGAAUGAUGAUAGGUGAUUCCGGUCGACGCUUCUGUCGACGUGGCGAGCGAGUUGCUCGAGGCGGGCGGGACGGACGAGGCGGUAGCCAUUCAUUGAUUGGGAGCACUGAUUCAUACGGGCACGGGUCGAGGCAAUGCAUGAGUCGCGAGGCAUG